CAAAGCAAAUCAGACCUCCAUGAAAGCGAAGCAAAUCAGAACCCCUAUAAAAGCAAAGCAAAUCAGAAUCUCCAUGAAAGCGAAGCAAAUCAGAACUCCUAUGAAAGUGAAGCAAGUCUAAACCACCAUAAAAGUGAAGCAAGUCUGAACCUCCAUGAAAGUGAAACAAAUCAGAACCCUCAUGAAAGCGAAGCAAAUCAGAACCCUCAUAAAAGUGAAGCAAGUCUGAACCCCCAUGAAAGUGAAGCAAGUCUGAACCUUCAUGAAAGCGAAGCAA